AGUGUAGCGGCGUGAGGUGCCGUCCCCGCCGUCCCCGCCGUCCCGCGGGGCGUGGAAGAAGCCCAAACCAUCGCCAUGGCCUGGGGUGGAGAAGAUCUCGUGCCCGAGCUCUUGCCGCCGGGCUCUCCUGAGGCCAAGCAUGACAAGGAGGCGGCAGAAGGGCAGAUGAACAGCUGUGAGACAGUGCUGAACCUGGCCAACACCAUGAUGGGCAGCGGCGUGCUGGCCGUGCCCUUUGCUUUCAGCCUCACCAAUGGCUGGGCCGUCUCCCUGCUGCUGCUGGUGGUGCUUCUCACCGCCUUCACGGCCUGUCUCAUUGGCGAGAAGCUGAUGAUGUCGAGAUGCAGCCACAUCGGGGGUGGGCAGCAACCAAGCACCAGGGACUAUACCUUUUUGGCUGAAGUCUCCUUUGGCCAAGCUGGUAAAUGCGUGGUGGCGGUGAUCACUGCAUUGGAGGUCUGGCUCGCAGCGGUGACCUUCCUCGUGAUGAAUGGUAGCAACAUCCAGGGCCUAUUAGGCGUGAACGAGGUGCAGGCGGUGCUCGUUUGCACGUUCGUCUCCACGGUGAUGAUCUUCAUCCCCCUCCGCAUCUAUGCCUAUGUCUCCUUGGCAUCUUUGGUCGCUCUUUUGAUUGCCAGCUUGUGCUUCUUGGGGGAUUUGGGCACUGGUGGACCUUGGAGCUUCCCCGCGCCGCAGCUAGAACCCAACUUGGGCAACCUGUGCCGGGCGUAUGGGCUCUUCAUUUUUUGCUUCGCGGGCCAUCCAUGCCUGCCUGCACUACAUGAAGGCAUGCAGCAGAUGGAUCAGUGGAGCUCCUGUGUGUUGUGGUCCUUCGGAAUCGCGGCAGUCUACUAUUUGCUCCUGGGCCUAGCGGCUUUCCUGGCACAUGGCGACACACUCCACCCAGUUUUCACACAGGACAUGAAUGUUGGUUGGCUGAAACAUGUGGCGGCUGCCUUCUUUGCAGUGAAAAUCCAAUUCACCACGCCGGUCUUGAUGCGCGUGGUCCUGCAGUCCAUGCAGAUUUGGCCCGAAGGCCCUCACGUCAAGGACCGGUUCGGCCUUCACCGGAGCGAACGUGGUCAGUGGAGGUCGCUUCAGCAAUGUGAAGAUCGGAAUACACACCUUCAGGGGUGGAUUCAUACCCACCUUUUGAUUUUCGUCGCUUUCGAAUGGGUGAAGAUCGUGAGCGUUCGCAUCCAAACCUUCACAGGGCGGUCCGGUCCAGAGCUUUCCGGAGUGAAGAAUCGGCUCUCUCAGUGAGUCAACAGGCUCACAGGAUGAAGAAAGUGACCUCACUCAUGACCAUACUUGCUGCUUGGGAGGGGACCUGGGCUGUGCAAAGGAGCCACCAGAAGCCUAAAGACUUCAAAUUCAAAACAAUGAUACCCACCUUUGCCUUGCUUUUGUGCGUGAACUGCGACAGGAGUUCAUCAAGAACGGUGGCCUGCAAUUGGUUAAUUAUGUUUUAUUCUUGUGCCUUUCUGUGCCAUUGAUUCAGAUGUAAACCACAGCGCAAUCCACUCACUACUUCCAUCAUUGUUGGAAACUGGAUAGGGGCAUGGAAGGCAGAGUCUUUUUUACAUAAUAGUCUAGUGUGUGACAAUCCCGGAUAGUUUAGUUGACCAGACUUUCGACCAAUCUGGAGUUGUAGGCUUUCCUGGAGACGCAUCGUGAUUGAUGGAUCAGUCGAUCUUAUUUCUGAUGAUCGCAUCGGUGAUUAUUUCGCCUGAGUUUCCAAAAGCCAUAUGGACAAACGCGAUGGUUGGCCAAUGGCCUACCCAAACCUAGAUUUUCCAACUCAAACAGCGGGCUUCCCAACACAAUCCCCCAUUCUCUAAAAAAAUCGCAACAAGAACAACCAUCCCAAUGUUUACACCAUCUACACCGUUUACGCCGUCGUGUACACCGUCUACAC